UCCAUGACGUCAAAAUUCGAAAAGUGGGGUAGGGUUUGGAAAUACGCGGCGCCGAAGGGAAGCCAAGCUUCAAGAAGAAGUAUAACUCUCUCUUAUGUAUUUGUAUAUUGAAGAAGUUUUUGUGGCAAAUUAAUUAUUAGUUUUUUAUUCUACACAGCUGAAUACUUCGUAAAUCGUGUACGAUGAAAUGUGAAAUCUGUUAGAACAUUUAAAGUGAGCUUGAAAGUUGCUUGUUCAAACAAUUUUAAUCUUCGCCUAAUAACUGUAGAAAAAUCAGAACUCAACCCAAUCCUAAUGCAUUGCAUAUGAUCUAAUUGUAUAAAUUUAUAAUUAAAGAUGUGUGUGUACUCUAGCGGGAUAUCAUUUACGUGUGAGGUAUAAUAAAUCAAAGCUUGUUUAUAUCAAACAUUAGCAACAGUAAAUGUUGACAUUUUUGUAAAGAUAAUGACAUCUGUAUUUGCAAGAUAUUAAUGUUAAUCUGAAGAAUCCAACAACUACUUUUUAUAAAAUUUGAUAAAAAAAAACCUUUUUAAAAUCGCACAGAACGCGAAUGUUAUAACGUGUGUAGCAACUUAUGAUAUUAAGGUCGUCAGCUUAUAGUUCUCUACAAGCUGGGAAAAAACUUCCGAGGAGGAACGUAUCGAAUCAUCUGGAAGACAUCAAUAUUUUAAAGUACAUCUAAAUCUAUUCAGAAGUGAAACCACAUGUGUGAAAUCAUUUAAAUUAAAUGGUACUUUAAACAAGCUUAUUCACACAGGACAGAAUCUUCUCUUAACUGAGGAAUGUAAAAUGCCAUUCACACAGAAAGAUAAAUUAAACAAACCUAUGCAUAUCCAUGCAGGAGAGAAGCGUCAUGUGUGUGAGGUAUGUAGCAAAUCAUUUAGACGAAAUGCUGAUUUUAUCAAGCAUAUAUUUAUUCACACAGGAGAGAAACCUCAUGUGUGUGACACAUGUAACAAGUCAUUUAGAAAAAAGGAUCAUUUAAAUGACCAUUUGCUUAUUCACACAGGAGAGAAACCUCAUGUGUGUGAAGUAUGUAAUAGAUCAUUCAGAGUAAAAUAUAAUUUAACUGAGCAUAAGCUUAUCCACUCAGGAAAGAAACCACAUGUGUGUAAAGUAUGUAACAAUUCAUUCAGAGUGAAGCGUCAUUUAAAUGAGCAUAUGCUUAUUCACACAGGAGAGAAAUCUCAUGUUUGUGAGGUGUGUAAUAAGUCAUUUAGAGUGAAGCGUAUUUUAAAGCAGCAUAUGCUUAUUCACAAAGGAGAGAAACCUCAUGUGUGUGAUAUAUGUAACAAAUCAUUCAGAGUAAAAUGUGAUUUAAAUAAGCAUAUACUUACUCAUGGAGGAGAGAGAUCUCAUGUGUGUGAGGUAUGUAAUAAGUCAUUUACUCAGAAAGGUAGUUUAGCUGAUCAUAUACUUAUUCACACAGGAGAAAAACCUCAUGUAUGCGAGGUAUGUAACAAAUCUUUUAGAGUGAAGUAUAAUUUAAAUGAGCAUAGGCUUAUUCAUACAGGAGAGCGACCUCAUGUGUGUGAGGUAUGUAACAAUGCAUUUAGAUUAAAGCGUCAUUUGAAUGAGCAUAUGCUUAUUCACACAGGAGAGAAAUAUUAUGCGUGUGAUGUCUGUAAUAAGUCAUUUAGACUGAAACGUAUUUUAAAGCAGCAUAUGUAUGUUCACACAAAAGAGAAACAUAACGUGCAUGGUAUGUGUAAUGAAUCAGUCUGAAUAAAGUUUCAUUUAAAUUAGCAUUUGCAUACUCACAAAGGAGUGAAAUCUCUUGUUUGUGAGGUAUAUACCAAAUCAUUUAGAUAAAACUGCUUUAAACAAGCAUAUGCUUAUUUACAUGAGAAAGAAAUUCAUGAGUUGUAUGUGUAAGACCCUUGAACAGAAAAACAUUUUCAAGGAGACAUCUAAACAGAAUAGAAACCUCAUGUCUUUUGAAGUAUAGUUAAAUAAAUAAGAUAUAUCUGUGUAGUACUGACUUACCCAUCUUGUAAAAGAAAUCUUAUUAUAUGAGGUGUGUAACGUGUCAUUUCAUUUACAUUCUUAAUAAAUUAUUUAUUUUUUUUAGGAGAGAA